UGCGGUCACACUAUGCUGCUGGUUUGUUGAACUACUCGGAUGCUAAUUAAUAAGACUGGACUUGAAAGCUUUUAAGUUUGUCAUGGAUCAAGCCAUGAUGGAUAACCCAGUGACCUUGGUGAUUAAAGCUCCAAAUCAGAAAUAUGAUGACCAAACCAUUAAAUGUUUCCUAGACUGGACAGUAGAGAAGCUAAAAACACACCUGUCAAAGGUUUAUCCCAGCAAACCGUUAUCCAAGGAUCAGAGGCUUGUAUAUUCUGGUAAACUCCUCCUCGAUCACCUGCAGCUGAAAGAUGUUCUCAGGAAACAAGAUGAAUAUCACAUGGUUCAUUUAGUAUGUGCCUCCAGGACGCCUCCUAACUCCCCUAAACCGAGCACCAGCAGAGAAAAUGCUAGAGCUGCAACCACCAGCAGUAAAUCAAGCUCAGAGCACUCAGGAUUGGCUUCCCCUCCAUCUACAAGUCAGGAAAUGCCAUCAACAUCAUCAAACAAUAGAAACGAGGAGAGCCUGAGACACCGACAUGCCUCUCACACGUCCAGCAAUACCAUGCACGACUACUUUUCAUAUAACCGUCAGCAACAUGUUGGGAACCCUAUUCCUGGGCAGGGAGCUCCAGCAGUAUUUCCAGCAUAUUCAGUCUUCAGCCCUUUGCAGAUGAUGUGGUGGCAGCAGAUGUAUGCACGACAGUACUACAUGCAGUAUCAAGCUGUGGCUUCUAACCAAGGACCUGCUGCCACUCCCACCAUCAAUUCAGAUCGACCGCCUACAAAUCCCCCAAGAGCAGCACCAAACAUUGCUCCAGAGGUGAAUCAAAACGUCCAAAUGAAUGUUCAGGGUGGUGCUGUAAUGAACGAAGAAGACAUUAAUCGUGAUUGGCUUGAUUGGAUAUACACUGUGUCCCGAGCAGCUAUUCUCCUUAGCAUAGUGUACUUCUAUUCAUCAUUCAGUCGCUUUGUCAUGGUCAUGGGGGCUAUGAUUCUUGUUUACAUGCACCAGGCUGGAUGGUUUCCUUUUAGACCAGAAGAAGGUCAGCCACAAGCAAGAGACAAUGCAGCAGAUGUGAAUGAAGAUAGAGUGAACAAUAACGAUCUUUUGGAAAUGGAGCAUCGUAUGGAUGAAGGAAUUCAAGAGGAAAGAGCAGAUGAUGUGGCAGAUGCGGCUGCCGCAGCUCCCCGUCCAGGAAUUGUGGCAUCAGCUUGGUCAUUUAUAACCACCUUCUUCACCUCCCUUAUACCUGAGGGACCCCCACAAGUAAACUAGAUCUGGGACUGCUAAUUGCAGGUUCUUGCAGGAAACCAAUAUUUCAAAUUACACUUGUGCAAUCUCAAUUCUUGUCCUGUGUUGGAUUUUUUUAAAGCAGUAUCUCUUGCUUGACUCCCUCAGUAUUAAUAUUUUAAGCACAAAAUCAAUUUUCUUUGUUUACUUAUUUUCUGUAGUCAUCUUCUCUUUAUCAAAGAGAAAUAAAGGUACAUGUCUUCCAUUAUUUGCUUUCGAAUGAUCAGAAAGUUUCUAGAGUGA